AUGUCACACUGCACCUCCCACAUGAUGAGCGCUAACAUCCGCUGCCUCGUCAAGUCCAUAGCCUCCUUCAAUGGCGACAUCUCCACCAUGACCGCGCCGCCCUUCAUCCUCUCGUCACAAUCUCUCACCGAAUACACAGCAUACUGGGCCGAACACCCCUCCGUCUUCGUAGCGCCGGCCCAUGAAUCAGACCCUCAGAAGCGCGCCCUCCUCGUCCUUAAGUGGUUCCUUUCGACCCUAAAACAGCAAUAUUCGAGUAGGAACGAGAAGCUGGGCAGCGAGAAGAAACCCCUGAACCCGUUCUUGGGGGAGCUGUUUCUGGGCAAGUGGGAAGACGAGGCUGGGGCUACACAGCUUGUGAGCGAGCAAGUCAGCCAUCAUCCGCCCGUCACAGCAUACUGCAUCUGGAACAGCGACCACGGCGUACGGCUACAAGGGUAUAAUGGCCAGAAAGUCUCAUUCUCUCGAACGAUCAAUAUCAAGCAAGUCGGUCACGCGAUCCUCCACAUUGACGCCUACGACGAAGACUACCUCUUCACCCUCCCCUCCCUCCACAUCGAAGGCCUUAUCGGCGGCACACCGUACGUCGAGCUCAACCGAACCUCCUACAUGCAAUCCUCUUCCGGCUUCACGGCCAAGAUCGACUACAGCGGCAAAGGCUGGAUAAGCGGCAAAAAGAACAGCUUCAGCGCAUACCUAUACCCCGAAGGCCGCAGCGAAAAAGACGCCCUCUACACCAUCGACGGCGUGUGGAGCGACUCCUUCACCAUCAAGGACCCCAAGACGAAAAAGGUGGUCGAUACCUGGGACCACAAGAAAGCGAAAACGACGCCCCUGACCGUCGCGCCGAUCGAGCAGCAAGAUGAGCUCGAGACCCGCCGCGCAUGGCAGAAAGUCGCAGCCGCCAUCGCCAAGGGCGACAUGGACGCGACCUCCCGCGAAAAGACCGUCAUCGAGAACCAGCAGCGCGACAUGCGGAAGAAGGAGAAGGACGAGGGCCGCGAGUGGGUGCGUACCUUCUUCAGCCGGUCAGAGUCGAGUCCGGUGUUUGAGGCGCUGUCGAAGCGGCUGGGGAGCGAGUCGGUGCCGAUCGAUAAGGACAAGACGAAUGGAAUCUGGAUGUUUGAUGCGGAGAAGGCGAGGGAGGCGAAGCCGCCGUUUAGAGAGGGGAUGAGUAAGAUAGGGAAUAGAGUCAAGGGGGAAGAUUAG